AUGCAUCCCUUUCCCGAACCUGAAAUGAGCACUGCUUCCGUAGAGGCCAUUUCCAAAAACUACAUCGUUGUCCUCAAGGAAGACGUUGAGGAAGAGAAUUUCGAGACCCAUGUCCAGUCAGUAAUGUCCCAUCACACGGACCGCAUGAGCGCCAGCAGCACCGAAGACUCCACCCUGUGUGGAUUGCGCGAGAGAUGCUGCUUUGGCAGUUUCAAGUCCUACUACGGUGCUUUUCAUCCAGACACCCUUGAACACAUCAAGAACAGCCCUGAGGUGGACUUUGUCGAACAAGACCAAGUGAUGCGUGCACAGAAAUUUGUCACGCAGGACACGGUCCCAUCAUGGGGUCUUGCACGCAUCUCACAUAAGGCCGGGGGUGAUCUAUCGAGCUAUCACUACCCCGAGUCCGCCGGAGAGGGCGUCAAUGCGUAUGUAAUUGACACUGGCAUCAACAUCAAACACGAGGAGUUUGGCGGUCGGGCUACAUGGGGGACCAACAUGGUGGACGCUAUUAAUGAUGAUGAAGGUGGACAUGGGACACAUGUUGCCGGUACCAUCGCCGGUUCUACCUACGGCCUUGCUAAAAAGGCCCAUCUUAUUGCUGUCAAGGUUCUUGGUGGCAAAUAUGGAACCGGAUCCAACUCUGGUGUCAUGAAGGGCAUUGAAUGGGCUACAUCCGACGCCAGAUCCAAGGGAAAAUCGUCCAAGUGUGUUGCAAACAUGUCUCUUGGUGGUGGAUACUCUGCUGCUCUCAAUAAGGCCGUCAACGCCGCUGCCGCCUCUGGCAUGACCUUCGUUGUUGCCGCGGGAAAUGAGGGGGUGGAUGCAUCGACUACCUCGCCAGCUUCCGCCCAGUCUGCCAUUACUGUUGGCGCAACCAACAUCAAAGACGAGAUGACUGAGUACUCCAACUUUGGGCCCGCUGUCGAUAUCUUUGCACCAGGACAUGAAAUAACAUCGGCGUGGAUUGGCUCAAACGACGCCACCGAUACCAUCAGUGGUACCUCCAUGGCAAGUCCUCACGUAGCUGGCCUGGCUGCCUGUCUUAUUGCCGAUGAGGGAAUUUCGGGUUCAAAAGCGGUUACUGUUAGGAUCAAGAACCUUGGAGUUCCUAAUGCCGUGCGCGUGACCAGCCGUGCGCGUGACACCACCACUACCAGGCUUGCCUACAACAACAGCGGUAAAUAG